UGUGGAAUGACGGAAAGCUCUUUCUUUCUACUGGAAUAGCGCGUAUCUCCGAAUUGCCAAGAUGCAUCGAAGCGUUCUAGUUCGAAGAAUUAUUGUUCUCUGACCUUCUUGUAGUUCAGUCGGAAAAAAAAUUAUUUGUUGAUGGAGAACUGCGAGAAAUAGACAAACAAAAAAAAAAAGCAGCUGCGUCAGCUAGCGAUUGUUCUCGCAUUUCACAAUUGUAGCUAGUGUAGUAUAUAAUAAGGCAUGCGGCAUCCCCUAAAUCGCACUUGUGCAGGUCUUGGAGCAACAGCCACCCUGAACAAUACAGCAACCAUGAGGGCCUUCGUAGCCAUUGCUCUUCUAUCCGCAGCCUCACUGGCCUAUGCUGGCCCCCGUACCGUUCGUAAGGUGGAUGUUCUUGGCAGUGGAAGUCUCGGAGGAAGUGGGGUCGGUGUGGCCAGACCUGGCGGAGCCCCCGGAGCACUUCCUGGAGCUGGUGUAGCUGGUGGUGCCGCAGGGUUUCCCUCGCUACCCUCACGGGGUUCAUCUGUAGGAGGGUUCCCAAGCGCUUUUCCUGGAAGUCCCAGCUCUUCCCCUUCUGGCAGUUCGGUAUCUGUUGGAGCUAGUGCAGCAUCCGCGGGGCGACCUGGUUUUUCGGGCUCUUUUGGCUUCUCUCCAGUAGGAGGCUUUUAUGGUCCAGCUAGCUUUGGAGGUUAUGGUGGCUUUUACAAUGGACCCGCUUUCCACCCUGGGUAUUACGGAUAUGGCGGCUUCGAUGACUACUACGGCAACGGCUUCGGCCAUGGAGGUUAUUACGACGGUGGUUCCUAUCCAUACUACAGCUACGGCUCUGACUUCGGUUCUGGCUAUGGUUCUGGUUUCGGUGGUCACUACUGGUUCCCAGGUCACGGUUCAUUGGGUCAGAUCGCUGGCCAGCGUCCCUCCGGACUCCCCUCUGUCUCUGGUGGUUUCGGCAGUGCCCGUAGCGCUUCUGCAUCUUCUCGACCAGCCGGAGCAUCGAGUGGAAGUUCUGCCUCGAGCAGCUCUAGCUCGUCUGCCCCAUCCUCUAGCCAAUAAUAAGAUAAUUUCACCAUUCCCGGCUAUCCUAUGAAACCAUGAUUUGCUCUCUUUGGCGAGGAGGAAUUAUUAUAUUAUUAGUGGAUUGGUACUUUCAUUUUCCCAAAGCAGUUACGAUUAAUAUUAUGCGCAUUUUUCACUGUUUCAGAGCCACUGUGAUGGUUUUUAAGGAACAAUAAUAACUACCUAUG